AUGGUUCUCCCGAUAAGAAUAUGGUCCGGUGGGAGGAGAUAUUUGGCUCAGCAUGCCUACCAAAAGACUUUGAACCUGCCCAAAACAAAAUUUCCCAGUCAUUCCAAGCUACAGAAGACCUUGACGGAACUAAUCCCUCAAUCAUCCCAGGUACCCUACAAGGAACAACUUUCAGAAUUUAUCGAUCGUAUAAACCAAUUGGACUCUGAUUCCGCUAAGUUGAAAUUUAUUAGGGAGAAUUUAUUCAUAUUGCAUGAUGGGCCGCCUUAUGCUAACGGUGAUUUACAUUUGGGUCAUGCCCUUAAUAAAAUAUUAAAAGAUAUUAUCGUCAGAUAUCAAUAUUCCUCAGGAAAGUAUGUGUUUUAUAAGCCAGGAUGGGAUUGUCAUGGUUUGCCGAUUGAGUUGAAAGUGUUGAAGAGUCUACCAAAGAAAGACAUAGAAACAAUAUCUCCUGAAAAGAUAAGAUCCAUGGCAAGGAAACAUGCAUUGACGGCCAUUGAUCAUCAGAGGAAACAAUUUCAUCAAUUUGCCAUCUUUACGGACUGGAAUGAUCCCUAUAUUACGAUGGAUAAGAAAUUUGAAAUUGAUCAAUUGAAAAUAUUUCAAAAGAUGUAUCAUGAAGGACUUAUCCUAAGACAAAAUAAGCCCGUAUUUUGGGGCACAGAGACCAAAACUGCCUUAGCAGAAAGUGAACUAGAAUAUAACAAAAGUCAUGAAUCUACAUCGGCGUAUGUAAAAUUUCCCUUGACGAAACAAUCAUCAUUACAAUUGAUUGAAAACUUGAAUAUCGUUCAAGAUACACCAGUAACCAUUAGCUGCUUAAUUUGGACAAGUACCCCAUGGACAUUAUUUUCUAAUAGAGCAAUUUGUUUCAACCAAAACUUUUCAUAUUCUUUAGUUAAAUUGGUCGAUAAUAACAACGAAUUUAUACUGGUGGAAUCAAACUUACUCAUACAAUUGAAUAUACCCAACUAUGAUAUAGUCAAGACUUUCAGUGGUGAACUAUUAACAAAUCUGAAAUAUGAAAACCCCUUGUUUUCAGAGGAAGAACCUUUACCAUUAUUGCAUGGAACACAUGUUACAAAUGACACCGGUACAGGUUUGGUUCAUACAGCACCUGGUCAUGGACCUGAUGAUUAUCUAGUUGGCAUUCGUAACAAUUUGCCAAUAUAUUCUCCUGUAGAUCAUGAAGGUCGUUACAACUUAUCAGAGCUACCAUCUUCCACUCAUAAACUACUCACAGAUCCAGAUGCACCUGGGAACACUGGAAGAUACGUCCUCGAUCCUAAAACAACGUUGAUCAUCAUUGAAAAAUUGAAAGAAUUAAACAUGCUAUUUCGGUCGAAGAAAUAUACUCAUUCUUACCCUUAUGAUUGGCGGUCUAAGAAACCUGUCAUCAUUAGAGCUACCCCUCAAUGGUUCUUGAACUUGGCAAAGAUGAAACAAUUAGCCGUAGAAAGUUUGAAUGAUAAGGUUAAUUUCUUCCCUGAAAGAGGUAAAACAAGAUUAUUAUCAUUUAUUAAAAAUAGAAAUGAAUGGUGUAUAUCAAGACAAAGAGCCUGGGGGGUUCCAAUCCCAGCCUUUUAUAGAAUUGAAAAUUCUGACGAGGUCUUAAUGAAUGAAGAAAUUAUUAAUCAUGUUAUUAAGACAAUUGAAUCUAAUGGUAUUGAUAAAUGGUUUGAUCAAUAUUCCUCACCCACGGAGGAAUGGCUACCUGAAAGUUAUAAGAAUGUGGCUCAUGAAUAUAGACGAGGCACGGAUACCAUGGAUGUCUGGUUCGAUAGUGGGUCGUCAUGGAAAGUCAUUGAAUCCUUUUAUCAUGAUACUUUGAAGAUAAGGAAUGGAUCAGUCUUACCUAGUCCUUUGUUUGAUGUGGCAUUAGAAGGUUCAGACCAACAUAGGGGAUGGUUUCAAAGUUUAUUAUUAACUAAAGUAGCGUACUCAAAAGUUGCAGAAGCACCCUAUAGGAAUAUCAUAACUCAUGGGUUCACAUUGGAUGAAAAGGGAAUUAAAAUGUCCAAAUCUAUUGGUAAUACGAUUUCUCCCACAGAUGUCAUACAGGGCAAUCCAGCUCGUGGAUUAAUUCCCCUUGGUAUCGAUGGUCUAAGAUAUUACGUUGCGCAUUCAAAUUUUACAAAGGAUUUAGUAGUAGGUGCAAACAUUAUGAAACGUGUUUCAGAAUCCUUAAAGAAGAUAAGAAUUACUUUUCGCUUCUUGCUAAGCAAUUUGGAGAAAAGUGGAACUUUCGAACCAUUAGCCGUAGAGGAAUUACGUCCAGUGGAUCAAUACAUAAUAUCAACAUUACAAAAAUUAUUAGCCGAAAGCAAAGAAAGUUAUCAAUCGUAUAAUUUCUCAAAGAUUCUUACCACCCUGCAACAUCACUUAUCUAGUGAGCUUUCCGCAUUUUAUUUUGAUUCUUCUAAGGAUUCCUUAUAUUCCGAUAGUAUCACUUCUGAAAAGAGAAAGCAAAUCCAAACUGUUUUACUUUAUGUCCUUCAAACAUAUAGCACAAUCCUCAAUCCGAUUUUACCGACUUUGAUCCAAGAAGUUCGUAAUUAUAUACCUACUGAGUGGAACAACAGUGGUCAUUGGGAUAAGCCAAACUGGGAAUUACCCACCAUAAAUCCUCCCAUUAUAGAGUCUUUUACUGCUAACGAGAGGGCAAUCCUACUGGCAUUUCAGGAUAUACUUCAAAGUCGAGAUGAGACCUUAAAGAUCCCAACUCAAAAUGUUGCUGUAAUUCACACAAAAUCACUUUCAAAAUUAACAUUUACAAAAGAACAGAUAUGUGAUAUUAUCCAAGCUGCGGACGUAAUAAUCACAGAGGAGCCAGUCAUGGUAAAUGAAUACACCCGAACUGUUUCGUUGUCUGAUGGCACAGAAGCGAUUCUUGCCGUCCAAGAGUCUACCAUGCACAAGUGCCCCAGAUGUUGGAAACAAAAUGCGGAAGAAGAGGAUUACCUGUGUAAGAGAUGUGAACAAAGUGUUGCCCACCAAACAAUGUAA